AUGGAACGUGUGCACCCUUCCGUAGUGGUAGGCCACUCUAGCGGGGACAUCGCAGCAGCGUAUGCCGUUGGGAGACUCUCGUAUCGUACGGCACUCUCACUCACUGCCUUCUACCGUGGGUUUAUGUCAGCCGCGUCGAAAAACCGGGUGCUUCCCGCGGAGCGCCAUGUGGAGCAACAUGCGGGAGAGGCGCCUCGUACAGUAGCUCGUCGACUGUCACGAGGCGGAACCAAACAGUAUGGAAACAACGCCGUUUUUCCGCGAGGAACUCUAGACCUAUCUAGCGAAACACGUUCUUUGUUCUAG